AUUCUGAGUGGCCAACGGAGGUCUUUUGGAGGGUUCGGGUCGCCUCAAUUUUUCGAGCAGCUUGAGGGUGCCGAUAGCUUUCGUAACAUGUUAUACGCAUGCGCUGCUCUCUUGGCGCGGGUGAAACUGCCUUACCGCAGCUCUUCGUUCUCACUCGCACCCGCACUCGUUGUCGGCUGUCUCAGUCUGCCUAUUCAUCGAAAUUGGAAAAGUGGAAUAUUUUGACGAGCCGUGUGCUCAGCAGAUGUGAAAAAAGAUGACGCGUUAUUUUGGCGGUAUUUCCAUCACUUCCACUUGUUCUUUGGUUCUACCAGUACUUUCAAAAUGGAAAACCUAUUAAUUGUGACAUUUUUGCUUGAAGCGGACUAUAGGAGAAAUUAUAUGAGACUCCAACGUCGUCGGCUGCGCGAUUCGAGCAAUCCGUUGGAAAUUCCGCCGAGACAAUUUCGACAAUUGUUUAGAUUUGAUGUGGAUGCUGUUGUUGCUUUUAUGGCCGAAAUUGGGCCAUAUUUAAAAAUGGAUGGUAUCCCCAAAUUAUGCAAGUUUUUAGCUACUUUAAGAUUUCUGGCAACUGGGGCAUACCAGAACAACAUUGGCUCAUGUGUCUGGUCAUCAUUGAGCCAAAGUUCAAUUAGCCGAUGCAUCGCGGAAGUAACGGAUGCAGCUGUCUGCCAUUUAUUUCGGAAGUAUGUGGAGUUUCCCAUUUGUGCAGAAGCUCAACUGGCAGUUAAAGAAGGGUUUUUCGAUAAAUAUGAAAUUCGUGGUGUGAUUGGAGCCAUUGAUGGUACACAUGUGGAAAUUGUCGCUCCAGCGUCAACAAAUUUCGACGAUCCGCCACAUGUGUACAUUAAUAGCAAGGGCAGACAUUCUAUCAAUGUUAUGCUGAUUGUGGAUUCCAACGGAGUUAUAACAGCCUGUUCGGCAAGGAUGCCAGGAUCAGUUCAUGAUGCUGCGAUCUGGCAUAUGACCUCAAUUCGAAAAUUACUGAAACGCCAGUUUGAGGGAGGUGUGCAGCGGACUUAUUUAAUUGGGGAUAGUGGCUAUCCUGUGGAACCGGGGCUGUUCACACCGUUCCACAACCCACAGAACCCCAAUGAAGUUAGAUUCAACACGUUACUAACGUCGGCUAGGAAUGUUGUGGAACGGGUGAACGGGGUUCUGAAGGGACGGUUUCGGUGCCUACUGAGGCAUCGUACCUUACAUUAUAAUCCCCGGAGGUCAUCCAGAAUUAUAUCCACGUGCUGCAUAUUGCAUAAUUUUGCAGCGCGGCGGAAUAUGGAUGACGUGGACGUCACGCCUGACGCGCCUGACGCACCUGACCCAAGUGACCCAGCUGAACAUACAAUACAAGAAGACCGACAUUUGUUGGAUAAAGGUAAAGAAAUUAGGAAUAGGUAUCUUAUAGAAAACUUUGAAUAA